UCCAAAUAAAGUGUUAACCGAAGCCAUUUCCUCUUUAUCAAGUUCCUCUUCUCAAACUGGCACAAUCUUAAGAUCUCAGAACUCAGACCUCUCCUUCCAUUUGCGUGUUCAUGGAAGCAUGACAAUGGAUUGGAUAAUACCCCUUUCAUUCUACUUAUCAGGUGCUUUGGCUUUUAACAUUGACCCAGUUGCUUGGAAGUAUGUCAGCAAACCUGCUGCUGCUGGGUUUGGAUACAAGGUGGUACAGAAUAGCCCAGAAAGGUUGCUUAUAAGUGCCCCCCUGGAGGAGUAUACGCAAAAUAGGAGGGGACAGGUUUACCAAUGUCUGGUCAGAGAUUCAUCUUGCAAACCAUUGUCAAUACAAGUGCCCAGUCAUGGGAUCAAUAUGUCUCUUGGUUUGUCAAUGACAAUGAAUCCAGAGUCACUAAACACCAUGGUAUGCGGACCAACCAUCCCAAGAGAGUGCAAAACCAUCACCACCUACAACGGGAUGUGCUUUGAAAUUUACCCAAUUCUUAAUGUGAGACAACCUGUUCCUUCAUCUCUGGAAGAAUGUCCUGGACAAACAGACAUAGCCUUUCUAUUGGAUGGUUCAGGAAGUGUUGACGGAAGUGAUUUUGUAAAAAUGAAAACCUUCGUGAAAGAUCUGAUCAGGGAAUUUCUGGGAAGGGAUACUAAGUUUGCAGUUGCACAAUAUUCAACCGAUUGCACUAUACAUUUUGACUUAAAAACUUUUGAUGUCAUGAAUUGGGAUGAUCAAGUGAAUAGAAUUCGUCAACAACGUGGAUGGACUUUCACGGCAGCAUCCAUCCAAAAAGUUGUCCAAGAUGUCUUUUCAACGAGUAAGGGAUCCAGACCAAAGGCAAAGAAGAUCUUGAUAGUCAUUACAGAUGGAGAAUCAAAUGACAGCGAGAUGCUGGGGAAGGCAGCCUCUGAGGCUGAAGCAAAAAACAUUAUUCGAUUUGCCAUUGGGGUGGGCGGAGCCUUUUCUAAGCCCUCAGCAAGAAACGAGUUACAAACAAUUGCCUCCUCUCCACCAAUCAACCACGUGUUUCAAGUGGGCAGCUUCCAAGCACUUGGCCAAAUCAAGAAUACAUUACAGAACAGCAUUUUUCCUAUUGAAGGAUCUCAGACUACUGGGGAAUCUAUACAGAUGGAAAUGGCCCAGGAGGGAUUCAGUGCAGCAUACGUGCCAGCGGGAGGAUUCCAGAUGGGAUCUGUUGGAGCCUUCCAAUGGAGGGGGGCUUACCAGGAAUACACAGGGAGCACUUUAAACCCUACACCACAACAGAGUCUGAACAUGGAACCAGAUAGCUAUAUGGGGUACUCCAUAGCAGUUGCUAGGACACAGAGUCGCCAGUUUACCAUUUUAGGUGCUCCAAGAUUUAAACACACUGGACGAGUGGUGGUUCUUCCGUCCAAAGACACAGACAAGCCGAUAGAAUUUUCUGGACAGAUUGGCGCUUAUUUUGGGGCAGAGGUCUGUGCGAUGGAUGUGAAUAAAGACUCAUAUAGCGACCUAGUCCUCAUAUCAGCUCCGAUGUUCACAGACAGAGACAGAGAGGGCAGGGUAUAUGUCUGUACCAUCAGUGACAGGUCUGGGGUGGCCUGUCAAUUAGUUGCUGAGAUGACACUGGUGGGGGAUGCAGGACAGAUGGGCAGGUUUGGAACUUCUCUUGCCCCACUGCCUGACCUGAAUAUGGAUGGAUUUAAUGAUUUAGCUGUCGGAGCACCUCUAGAGAAUGAUGGUCAAGGAAGUGUCUACAUAUUCCAUGGGACGAGAAGUGGAAUCAGCAAAAUCAAAUCUCAGAGAAUUUCAGCCUCAGAUGUACAGCCUGGAUUAAAGUAUUUUGGACUGUCCAUCAGUCAGACUUCCCUGGACAUGAGUUCGGACUCUCUCCCAGACUUGGCCGUGGGAUCAAAUGGGGCUGUUCUCUUACUCAGGUCCAGGCCUAUAGUAACAUUGACGGCACAAGUUUCCUUCAACCCAGCCAAAAUCCCCACCAUCCAGUCGGACUGCAGUACACCCCUGAGAAACAGUGCUGAAGUCUGUUUCACCAUGACCAGACAAACAACAGACACAAAAGAUCUUCAAGCAAAGAUUAACUAUACUUUAACUCUGGAUGUGACCCGCCAAGCUCCAAACUAUCGUGCUUAUAUCGGUCCAAAGAUACGGGAGGAAACGAAAACUAUUACAUUAAGACUUCAAAAGCAAUGCUUCUCUCAUAACUUCUUUAUUGAGGCUUGCCCAGAGGACUCCCUCAAUGAACUGUCCAAUGAACUUGACUUCACAUUUGAAGGGUUGCCAACAACAUCUCUUGGUGGCCUCAGCCCUAUCCUUUCCCCGCAGUCUCCGACUACAACAUAUCAUCCUUUAGGUUUUGAGAUCAACUGUGGCGCUGAUAACAACUGCAUUGACAACCUGAAAGUGGAUUUUAAUUUCACUAGGUCUUCAGAGGUGAGGGUUGGCAUAGAUGAGGUGAUAAAUGUGACAGUGUCAGUCGAGAGCAGGGAAGAGAACUCUUACAACAGCCACGUUAUUCUCACAUACCCUGCAGGACUUUCAUUCAGGAAGUUCAUAAUACUCCAGGGAAGAGUGGAGUGUAACUCAUCAGACAGUGACGGAAAUGUAAUGUGGGGCCAAAGUGACUGCACCAUUGACAAGCCAAUCUUCAAAAGCAAUUCUAAGGCUCUCUUUGUCAUUUCCUAUGGGAUUGAUAGAAACACAAAAUUUGGCCAAAUGAUGGAAUUCACUGCUAAUGCCUCAAGUGGGAAUACACACUCGCGAGAGAGUGAACUUUUCAAAGUGAAAGAGAUUGGUGUGAAAUACAGCAUUUAUGUUGUGAUUAAAAGAAAUGAAGAUUCAACGAGUUAUGUUAAUUUCACUGCCGGGAAAAAUGAUUUGCAGAAACAUGUGAAACAAUCCUUUGAGGUUGAAAAUUAUGAAAGAGGCUUCAAUAUUACUGUGAUAAUCAAGGUGCCAGUGAAGCUUGGUGACAAAGACAUCUGGGCUGAUCCAAAGGGUAUACAGAUUCAAGGUUGUCAAAGACACAAGGAUGAAGAACCUACUGCCACAGAGUUUGUGGACAGGCUGCAGAAAAAUCACGCUGUGGACUGCUCUGUCGCAAAGUGUGGGGUGUUCAUGUGCAAAAGCUUCAUUAGAAAUUUGGAUCGUAACUCUUACAACAUCACUGGUAACCUCAGCUCUGGAUGGAUAGAACAGAUUGGUCUGGAGUCUGCCCAGUUCAACUUGGUCAGCAGUGCCACUGUAGAUUAUGACAGAAACCAAUACAUCUAUUAUUCUUCGGACUCCAAAAAUAACCCACCUAUACAAAAGAUUGAAACUCAGGUGGAGGUGUAUCCUGAGGUUGACCUCACAAAGGCGGUCAUUGGGGGUGUUGUGGGAGGUCUGCUGCUGUUAGCUUUGAUCACAGCUGGGCUUUAUAAGGCUGGGUUUUUCAAAAGCCAGUUGAAGCAGAUGAUGCAGGAUACAUCAGAAGAUGGACCAGGGGCUGAUGGAGAAGCUGCCUCGCCUGAAUAACAGCAAACAAUUGGACUUGCUCACUGAGUGUGUACAAUUAUUGAAGGGGAAGUUCAAGAUUUUACAACUUGAUGUUAGAUGGUUCCUCACCGAAAAAGUAAUCUAUGGGUCAGGAAAAACAGUAAUCCAUGGUUCGGUUUUCUGUAAAUCUACUACAAACUUCAGAUAACUUGAGCCACUGCUAACAAAAAAACGAUGCUAGUGAUAGAUGCAAUCGUGCAAUUUAGAAAUGUUACGGGCCAAAUCAACUUCAUAGUUGGUUUUUCGUAAGUUAAUAAACCAUUACCGCAUAAUGUUACCAUGUGGCAACAUAUCAUUUCUCUUUGCCCCCUUACUUCCCUAAAUGAAAAAAUACACCAUGGCCUUUUAACUAGAUAAUAACUAGCUACCACGCAAAUAACUAGCUAAGAGCUAGUUAUUAAUUUGCUCCAUAAAUGAUUCUCAUAAAACAAUCAUCUUUACAUCUCCCCCCUCCCCCCAAAAAGAUAACAUAUGGCCAAGAUAACAUACAACUUUAUUUACACAUGCAUGGCUAAUACAAUUAUUUUUAUAUGUAUAAUAUUAUAAUAUCCAUUACAUAAAUAUAUAAUAGGGCUAGAUUGAAUACUUUUUUAAAGAAAACAUAUUUUCAGAAAGUGUGAAGGAAUAAAACAAUACAAUUAUAAUUCAAACACCUCAUUUUUAUUAAAAAACCCAAUUAUUCAUGAUAUUAGUAGUUGCAGAGUAAUACCGUUGUCGCACAGUGUUUCUAUAUGGCAACAUACAUUUAAAUAAACCUUUUUGUUUUAUUUGUUUAUUUGAGGCCAUUUGAAGUGAUAAAAAAAAUGGAAGUGGUAGGGGGCAUGGUUCUGUAAUAAUGCAUGCAGUAAAGGGUGAUUUGGCCAUUUUAAAUCCUUUGCACAAUUGCCCCUAUCACUUCCAUUGAUUGUUAGCUAACAAUGACUAAAGUUAGCUGAAGUUUGUAGUGUGUGUUUUUAGGUUACUGUAGUUUCACAGAAUCAAUCUGAUUACAACAUAAUUUAUGGGUUGACAGUAGGGUUGACCCACAUUCAGUCACUUUUUGACUGCACCCCUUUUGAUUUGAACAAAAUAUUCCAUACAUGUUUGCCCAUUAUAUAAGUGGUCAGAAACUACUUUUUGGACCUGAAUUGAAAAACAUUCUGGAGGUGCUCAAAGUUGACCCAUUUUUCAUACCCCAGCCUACAAUGAGACAUCCAUAUCUUCAUCACUGAAAAAUAUAAACGUUUGAGUUUGAUAUAAUUUGGGAACAUAUUAACAGGGUUAUCAAACUAUUUUAUAAUUUCUAGAAAAAAAGUAUUUGUCAACUAUAAAAAAAAAAUCCUUAAACUAAAAUGUUUUUCUCACAUAAUUUGCAUCUUAGAACCUGUUGUACAUAAAACAUAAUCUGAGGUGUUUAAAUUGUGCCCACCAUCAGUUGAGACACAGCAUACUGUUGAAUACAGUGUGGGUUUCAUUUCAAUCAUAUACAUAGUAUUCAUAGAAUGGGCCUAUGCCUUUUGACCACUGCAUUUAAGCUGGUACACCAUUGACAUUUUAAUUGAAUUAACAUUUUAACUUCCCAUUAUUACCAAAAAGAUGGCCACUGGUCCAGCCCUGUUGAAUGUUAACUUGAAUGGGAAUGUCUAUUCUAUUAUCUAUAUUUCUGGGAUUUCAAUAGGUUUCCUAUGGAAGAUUGACAACAGAAUUUAGAAUAAUGGAUAUUCCCAUUCAAGUCAACAUUAUUUGAUGGGUGGACCCGGAACCAUGUUUGUGGUACCAUUUGAAAGAUACAAUUUCAAUUUCAUUCACAUUUUAAUAUGUAUGGAAUUUUUUUUUCAAAUCUAAAGAUUUGAAAAUUGUAUAUUUACUGUAUUUUUACUGCUACUCAGUAGCCAGUGUUUACUGUAAUAUAUAAUAAUUAUAGAUGAUUUAGAACAGUCUGAGAAACCUUUAGCAAAUGCAGAAAUGUAUUCUACCCAAUAAAUCUGUGGCCAAUCACUGCCAUGCCCAAAAAGCAGAACAUUUCAGGUCACUGGCAACCAGAAGGUUGUAAGUUCAAAUCCCAGUAGAGGUUGAAUCCCAAAUGGCAUUUUACAGCAAUAACAUCUUAAUUCAGGUGUAAAAAACAUGUAUAAAAAAAUAUUGUAAUUUCAGAUGUUUGAAGCUUGUUUACAAAACUGAAAGUAAAAGAUGCAAAAACGACGCUUAAGAACGGGACGCAAAGAAAUAGCGCACAUAGAACACAUAUACCACUUCUUAGACUUGCUUUCAAUGAUAAUGACAGAUCUAUAACUCACUUUUCUAUGUGAAUUUGGUCAGGUCGCCCAAAAAGUUACAUAUUGCAGUUUUAAAUUAGGAAUCUUGCAGCUUUAAUUGAAUUUUAAAAUUUCUUAUGAAAACUUCUGGUAUUUGUAUGGCACAGACAUUGUGCUACAUAGUAAAUGUUUUUUUUUAUUGUUCUUCACAUUUAAUAGACACAGUAACUAGAUAGCUUGCUUUAAAUUCAUCCCCUAUCCUUGUGCUACUGGGAAACCAAUGAUCAUGUUCAUAAUUCCCUCCAAAAAUGAAUGAAUCCAAUAUUCCAAAUGGCAAGAUAUCCAUCUGUUGGAAGAUUGGAUUCAUUUUUGGAGGGAAUUAUGGACAUGAUCUUUGGUUUCCAAUUUGCACAAUGAUAGGGGAUGAAUUCGCAAUAGCUUAGAGCUUACAGUACAUGUCAUGAGUUAGUUUAGUUUAUUGAAACAUACCAAACAUGAAAAUAAAUGUAAAUAUUUCUACAAAAUGAACUAACUGCCAAAAAAAGCUAAACAUUUCUUGCAUUUAUGAUAAAUAAUCAUUUUCACACUUAGUUUGAUUUAACAAUAUACAAUUAUUAUAUUUAACAGACAACAUCAGUUAAAGAAUAGAAUGUAUGGUAGCUUAUGUUCGUUGUGUACUUUACAGCUGUACAACUGAUGCUUAACAUGGCUUCAUUAAUUAAAAGUAUACAGUGCA